UCUCUCUCUCUCUCUCUCUUCCUCUCUCGCUCUCCCUCUCUCGCUCUAUCUCUCUGCGGAAUGCGCACUGCACUUGUGGGUGGGCAAAACGCCGGGCGUUACAGAGAAAGCGAGGUCUGCUCUCACUCAGUCCUCGUUUGAGUGCUCAGGUUUCGGCAGAGUGCCUUGAGAACCGCUUUUAACCAGUUUUUCAUUUCAAAAAGCUUUCUAUCGAGACCUUAAAGAUCGUUUUAACCCUUUCUCCACACUAUUGAAGGGUUGAGUAGCUUUUUAUUACUCUCAAAGAGAGCGUUAGCCCCGAGGCGCUGACUCUGUGAGUGCACGUUUAUUUCGUCCACGAAAAUGGCAAAGGAUGAUAAUAAGAGCGCGUGGAAGGAGUUCUUCUGGAACCCGAGAACGCGCGAGUUCUGCGGGAGGACCGCGAGCAGUUGGGGUCUGAUCCUGUUGUUUUAUCUGGCAUUCUACGUUUUCCUGGCUGGAUUAUUUACUCUCACCAUGUACGUAAUGCUGCAGACGCUCGAUGACCACAGACCAACAUACCAAGAUAGACUUUCAACUCCAGGAAUGAUGAUCAGACCUAAAGGAGAUCAGCUGGAGAUCGCUUACACCGUGGAGUACACAGAGACCUGGGAAAGAUACGUCCAGGCCCUCAAUAACUUCCUCUCGCCCUACAACGACUCCAUCCAGGCCCAGCAAAAUUAUGAAUGUAAACCCGAUCAGUACUUCAUUCAGGAGGACAGUGGCAGCUUGAAAAACUUCCCCAAGCGUUCGUGCCAGUUCAAACGCUCCAUAUUGGAGGAUUGCGAUGGGAUCACGGAUCGUUACUAUGGUUACAAUGACGGCAAGCCCUGUAUCAUCAUCAAGCUCAACCGUGUGAUUGGUCUGUUGCCCGCAGCAGAUGGGCAGCCUCCUUAUGUCACAUGUGGUGCUAAGGCAGAUGACUCAGAUAAACUUGGUGAACUGGUGUACUUUCCUCCAAAUGGCACUUUCAACCUCAUGUACUACCCAUAUUAUGGCAAGAAAGCCCAGGUGAACUACUCUCAGCCUCUGGUGGCCAUUAAGUUCCUCAACAUCACCAUGAACGAGGACGUCAACGUGGAGUGUAAAAUCAAUGCUAACAACAUUCCCGAGGGCAGUGAACGAGACAAGUUUGCUGGACGCGUUUCCUUCAAACUGAGGAUCAACUCCAGAUUUUAAAAGGGCGAAAGUGUGUUCUUUUCUUUUACACACACACACACACACACACACACACACACACACACACACAGGACCUCCCCAUCUAAAAGAGUCUAGGAUUAUGCACAGAAGGCACAGCUAGACACAUAAACCACACAAAAAAAUCCUCAGAACAGACCGAGCAGAGAGUAAUACUUCAGCAUUUCAAAGAAAUAUCUUUUUUUUGCAUUUGAGACUGUAAUGAGGUUGUAGAGAGUUAGCAAUGACGUUUUUGUGUGCAUUUGUGUGUGUACAUCAGUGUCUGUGUGUGUGUUUGCAUGUGUGAGCUGAAGUAUCACACUAUUUUUUAUUUUCUGAAACAAAAACUAAAUUUUACUUGCAUGUUCAGCUAUCGGAGGUAUUUAUAAAAAAAAUUAUAUAUUCUAUUAAAACAAUAUUAAGAAAGGGAUCACUUAAAAAGAGAGAGAGAAAAAUUCCUAAUAAAAUGCUGUUUUCGUCCCUCUAUCUGUAUUCAUUUAGCAGAAAUAAUUUAUUAUAAUUUUAAAGCAGGUAUCUAUAAAUUAAUGUGGCAUGAUCUCGUGUUUUUGGAGCGUCUCUUACUGCUGGGAUUUUUAUUAUUAUUAUUAUUUUUUGCAUGUCUGUGUCAGUUCUGAAGAGCGUUAUUCAAACUGCUCCUCUGCCUGAUUUGUGGUUUUGUAAGUGAAGAGGAUAUUUUAAAAACCAACAUGUAGGUAAUGCUUUGCAUGACGAUCCAGCACACACAAGAAAACGGAUACAUUUUUGCAGUCCAAUUGGUUUCGACACAACCUGUACUUUCAUAUGAUGAAGUGUAUCACGUUGCAUUUAUUGUGGAGCGUGUCUAAGUUUGUUUAUAUGUAAAAAUAGGUCUUUGCAGUAUUUUGCUAUUUUAUUUUUUAUGUGUAACCCGAUUUGUCUCACAUGGUGAGGGGAUAUGACGUUUUGUAUUGAUUCGCGUUGGCUCAGAGGAUGACAGCAGGCCUGGGUUCAGUUUAAAAUCUGAAAAAAUAGAUAGACAAAGUGUGUUUGAUAUGUGUGAGAGAGAUUAUGUGUGGAUUCCUGCAUGUGUGUUUUGUUUUGAUUUGAUUUGAUUUAUGUUAAUCUUUGUGCACAUUUAACUUUCAUUUAAAAGAUGUUUUGGAUUUUGUUGUAAGUGACUCUAAGCGUAACCGUAGAAGGAGAGAAAUAGAGAGGCUCAGAGCAGGAACGGCAGGCUAAUGAGGAAGACAGAAGUGAAUCCAUCCCAGUCCUUACCCUGCAUGAGUCAAUAAAACAAAAGACGUGGUCACCAACCUCAUUUCUCAUUCUCAUUUUUUCUUUAAACAUCUCAGCUCACUCUCUGAGCACAUACACCUCAUGCUCCAUUCUGAGAAGCGUCUUGUGAAGAGUUCACGUACACUGUGUACGCUUCCUCUAAAGACCCAAUCCUUUAAUCUCAUUCUCAUAAACUGAUACGGUGCUUCACACCAACGUUUCCUCAAAAGCAUCUCUCUGUCUGUCUAUAAAUUGUGACUGGUUUGUGUGACAGAGCACAUUUGCUCACUUUCACAUGUGAGUCUGUGUUGACCUCUGUUGCUGUGUAUUGCAUAUUUUAUGUUUAAGCAUGGUGAGGUUGUUAUCUGACUCGACAGAGAAAGCUUCAAUUCACCAGAAUGAAAUAUUAAUUUACCUCAGGCCCCGGAUCGCAUAUCAUUAACUUGACCCCGUACACUAGUUCCCUCUUGGAGUAAAAAAAAAUACUUAAUAUGUUGUUGUUGUUGUUGCUUUCCCUGGAAAAAGCAGUUUGUAACACCAUGCGCAAAAGGGAAAAGAAGAAAACAAACAAAAAAUUGCAUAUAGUGAAGUUUUCGGUGCAUGGGAUCUUUCAGACGAUGGUUUUGUAAACAGCGCCUCUAGUGUAAUAGUUGCGCUGUGCCUCUCCCACGCCACCAACUGUUUCUACUGGUGAAGUACACAUUUUAUAGUGUAUUACCAUAUGUUGUAAUAUACUUGAAAAGCAAUACAUUUAUAUUUUGAGCCCCUUUGGUGUAUAAAGAAAAGUAACAUGCUGUAUGUGUAUUUUUCUUUGGAUUGGCUGAUCACGAAGAUCAUUUUUUAUUGUAAUAUUUAAAUAAGUUUACAGAUGCGAAUGGCUAUAUGGAUUUUAAGAUCACAUGCAAUAUAGAAAAGAUCCUAUAUUUUCAAAGAACCUAUAUUUCUAUUUUUUUUUAUCAUUUAUGAAUAAAAGCACGUAACAACUGGGGAAUGUAUGGCUGCUAUUAAGCUUCGCAGGGCUUAAUAAAAAAAAACAAGGAGGUUAAAAGACUUAAUCAGCCCAAGAAUGUAAUAAAUCAUCAUCACUUUAAUAGUCUUGAUCUCUUUGUAGCCUUUGAAAUACCAAAAUUUAUGCAACUUUUAUGUUCAACUGCUUUUGAAAACUGGAUGACAAUUAAUUUGCCUAAUUUAUAUGAAUAAGUAUAUACGGUAAAUGUGGUUUAGAUGUGUUUGAACAGAUGGAGUCGGCUGUGUGAACAGGCUCACCACCUCAACAACAUCACAGAAUUUAAAAAAAAUGCAGUUCAUUUGUUAUGGCUCAGUGUUCUGUUCAUACAGAACUAGACCUUGUGCAAACUGUGCUCAGAUGUUUGAUGAACAAUGAGAACCUGACAUUAUAUUGACUAGUUGAGUUAAACACCUUAUACUGUAUAUGUUCAUAGGCUUAAACUAAUGUAUUGAAAUAACAAACCUAAUAAAAUGAACAACCAUG